CAAAGAAAUCAAAUGGAAAAUCAGUCUACUGUGACAGAGUUUCUUCUGAUGGGAUUUUCUGAUGACCGUGAGGGGCAAAUUUUGCAUUUUGUGAUAUUCCUUUCUGUUUAUGUGAUAGCGCUUUCUGGGAAUAUUCUCAUAAUCACAGUUGUGGCCCUCAACCAUAAGCUUCACACCCCCAUGUACUUUUUUUUGGUAAACUUAUCAUUGUCAGAUAUAUUUUUUAUUUCUGUCACUGUUCCCAAAUCCAUGUCUAACUCCUUAGCAAACAACAAACUUAUCUCUUUCUAUGGGUGUGCAGCUCAGAUUUUCUUAGUUAUCACUUUUGCAGGUGGUGAGCUAACCAUUCUCACUGUCAUGGCUUAUGACCGCUACGUAGCAAUUUGCCAUCCUCUCCGGUACACAUUAAUCAUGAAUUGGGGUGCCUGUACUCGAAUGGCAGCUGCUUCCUGGAUCGGCAGUGUAAUACAUGGAGUGCUACAAACUACUGUCACAUUUAGGUUAAGCUUCUGUGGCUCCAAUAUUGUUGAGCAGUUCUUCUGUGAUAUUGUUCAGCUAGAAAAGAUCUCUUGCACAGAUACAAAAGGUAAUCAACUUCUGAUCCUUGUUCUUGUACUCACUGUGGAUUCCUUCAUAUUUGUGUUCAUCUUUGUUUCCUAUGGCCACAUCUUCUCCACUGUGCUGAAGAUUCCAUCCGUUCAGAACAGAUACAAAGCAUUUUCUACCUGCACUCCCCACUUGAUGGUCUUUUCUUUAUUUCUCUUCACAGCUAUUUUUUCCUACCUUAGGCCCAAAGCACUUUCCACACCAACUAUGGACUUGGUCUCUGCUGUUAUGUAUUGUGUUUUACCACCAGCAAUGAAUCCUAUCAUUUAUAGCUUCAGAAACAAGGACAUCCAAGAGGCUGUGGGGAAAAUACCCCAUAAAAUUAAAAAACUUAUUGGUUGA